GCCACGCGCACGGCUUUCGCGAUCGACAGGGCCUUUGCCUCUACCGCUGAGCACACUCUUCUUUUACACAUCGAACUAUCCGUCGAGAUUCACCGAGAGGCAGCUGUGCUUUCCGACGCUCAUCUCAGUGAUCAUGCUCUCGUCGUCCUCCGGCCCAAUGAAGCCACGAUCAAGCCAGACGACGAGCGCGCCAUCCAACCUUUCAUCGUCAAGAUGCCAGGCAACCAGCACAACUACACGAUGCUCUACAACUUGUCCUCG